AUGGCCAAUGAUGCAUCUUCGCACACUUCCAAACAACUGGCUCUUGUCUCCAUGACUUGUGUCACGUCACUCCUAUUCAUCAUCGUGGGCUUUCCGUGCGCGACACGGUUGUGGGACUUGAGUUUCCGCGUCAAUAGCAGUCUGAACGUCCUCAUCAGCCUGAGCGUGUUGCUGCUGCGGCCGAGCUGGAAGACCACCUGCCUUCUUCGGAUCUCUUUGCUGCUGAAUUCUGCAGGCAUGUUCACGAUCUCGUAUCAGUGGUGUGCAGACUUCGAUGCAUGGGCCAUCGGACUGAUGAUGUCAGUUGGAUACCAGACCCUGGCCGGGCUUGUGCUUGUCAGGACGCAUGUGCCAAGGCAUGUUUUGCUGCACCUUGUUGGGACGGUCUCUUGCUACAUGGCCCGGGCUGAUUCCCCCAGCCCACUCUCCCUGAUCGAGGGGCGGCACUGGGCGGCAACCAUCGUCACGCCGGCGGUCAUCUGUGUGACCGUGAUGUGGUACAGCGCAGGAGAUUUCCUGAUCAGGAAGUUUGUUGCUGUCGCAUCCAUCCUGGCGAUGUCGCCCGAGAAGCUUGAACGACACUACCCAUCAGGUUCGACGAGUGAGGGAAGAUCUCCAACACGAUCACCAACAAGAUCAGGAAGAUCUUCUGCAUCUUCGGGAUCAGGAUCCUCUUGGGGGAAGCGCGAUUUCGCAAGAGUGCCAGAUGGCCUGGAGAUUGUGUCGUAUGUUGGGUCAGGCUCUUUCGGCAAGGUCUACUACUGCGCUUGGGGUGACCAGCACGUGGCCGCAAAGGUCAUGAGCUGGACCACGCAGCAGAUCCGCAAGUUCGACCCCCUCAGGGAGGCGAAGUUGUGCCUGGAGCUGUCGCACGAGAAGCUGGUGCGGGCCUACAAUUUUUUCCAGCACCCCGCCGGUCCCAACGAAGAUGUGCAGGAAGUUUGGAUAGUUCAAGAAUGGUGCGACAAAGGCACGCUUGCGAGCUUUUGCGACACGCCUCGCUGCGAUGGCCGCGGCUUAAGGUACGUCAAGAGCAUCAUGCUGGAUGUGGCCGAAGCCUGCGCCUACUUACACUCAAGGGAUAUCAUCCACGGCGACCUGACAGCAAGCAACGUUCUCCUACAAACCCGCCCAACCCAGGCUCCCCAGGCAGGGGAGAGAGAGCCCAUCGAGUUUGUUUGCAAAGUGGGCGACUUUGGUUUGGCGAGGGUCUUGGAGGAGAACAGCACCUCAUUUUUGACCACACAGCUGGGGACGAUUUCGCACAUGCCGCCUGAGCUCCUUGAGCUUGAUGCAAGUUCCAAGCGCAUGAGCCGAAAAGCAGAUGUCUACGCCAUGGGAAUCCUGCUAUACCAUGCGCUAUCGGGCAAGGUGCCAUAUGCAGGCCUGCUGUCGGCGCAGAUCAUUGUCUUUGCUGCUGGGCCGUUGCAGAAGGUGGCACGCUACAGUUGCCCAAGGAGGCUCCUGAGGCUGUGA